AUGGAGGAAUUUGGUAGUUUCAGGACAACUGUUGAAGAUAACGAAAAUGGCCCAUCAUCUUUUGAAUAUAGCACAAAACGAAAUAUCACUACCGUCAAAAUAAAGCUUGGCGCAACUUCCGUUGUUUCGAUUUUGAAGAAAAAAGAUGACAGCAGCAGUGACGAGCCUUCCAUGUCCAAGAACCGGAUAUCAUACACAGGUUUAGUUGUUUGUUCAUUUUUGCGUAUUUUUUGUCGUUGAUA